AGGUGGUGAGUCGAGGGGACUCGUACCCAAUGGAAGUAGGUGUGACAGUAGAGCUUGUGAUGCAGGAACUUCACUUCUCCAACCCAUAUCGCCUUGUUUGGCAGUCCAAGGUGGGUCCAGCAGCUUGGUUGUCCCCUAGUACAGAUGAGGCCAUCACAGGCCUGGUGAAGCGAGGUCACAGGAACAUUCUCCUCGUCCCCAUUGCCUUCACCAGUGACCACAUUGAGACUCUCCAUGAAUUGGACAUUGAGUAUGCUCAUGAUCUCGCCAAAAAGGUGGGAGCUGAGAAGAUUGUGCGCUCAGGUGCCCCCAAUGACCACCCAAUGUUCAUUGACACCCUCGUGGACAUUGUGAAGAACCAUCUCUAUGGGAAGGUACACCUAUCCCCUCAGUUCCUCAUGCGAUGUCCCCUUUGUGUGAACUCUACAUGUGGGCUUGCCAAGUCCUGGUUUCUCAGACAUGUUCCAGACCCCCUAAAUCAACAUGGAGUGCAAAACAGAAAAGAAAAGUAACUGGACAUGGGAGUUUGAUUACAUGGUUAAAACCUGAAAUGAAUCAGUUAUGGUUUUUUUUAUUAUUAUAUACGAGUUUAUAUAUUUUAAGUUUGAUCUGCACUUGAAUUCCUGCUAAAUAAUACAACUUCAUGGAUAAGAUAGGUGUAAAAUGGAUGUUGGAACAAGUUGUCUCUUAUUGUUAAUAUUUGUUGUUUUGAAAUGUUUAUUUUCUCUAUGCAUUCCAAUUUCAACUUACUACCAAGUAUAAAAAAAUUUAAUAUGUGAAGUUUCAAGUUCUCCACAUUCCAUAUUCUGAGGUGUCUGGCUUGACACAAGUUGCUUCUGAGAAGCCCAUGUGUGAAAGAAAUCUGGCCUGCAAUAGCUAGCAGUUGAGGGUUGAGGUCGAGUACAUAGUUUUAGUUCUGC